CACAUGGUGACGUCACCUGUACAGGUAAGACGUACGGUGAGACGUGCCAUCUCACCUGUCAUGACGGUUACGAACGGCUGGGUCAAGAUGACUUCACCUGCCAGGUUCACAGAGUCAUAGCCCAGGCUGCAUGGAGUGGGGAACCGGUGUGCAUUCCAGUGAGUUGCGGAGCCCCUCCGGAGUUCCCACACACCGCCAUCCAGUGCGCCAGCGGACACACCUACGGGAACACCUGCGAGUCACCUGUGCGGACGGGUACGAGGGAACGAACCUCCAGAACGUGACGUGUCACAGUACCGGCAACUGGAGCCUACAGGCGGGAGCGCUCCAGCCAGUUGUUGGGGGUCCGGAUCUGUUCUGCAAAAAGAAGGACUGUGGCAAUAUUUCUAGUCCGGCUAAUGGCGGCUUGACGUGCAGCGGGACCAGAUACCAGGACUCCUGCCGCCUGACGUGUGAGCCGGGAUACAAAGUUGCCGACGAGAGUGGCCAUGUGCUACACAGUCUCUACAACUUCAGGUGCAUGGCAAGUGGACAAUGGAACAAGAAGCCGAGAUGUGUCCCGUCUGACUACUGCCAUCUCGGGCUGCACGACUGCCACGCUGAGCACGGGGUCUGCAGCUUGUCGGGUCACCAGGCCUUCAGCUGCCGCUGCCGGGUCGGGACGGUCGGGGACGGGAGACACUGUGAACGGACCUCCUGUCCGGAUUUUCCGGUCGCUGAACCGGAGAACGGCUUCUUCUCGUGUUCUAUCCUAACAUCCUCCGCAGCUGACGCCUGCCAAUCACCAGACAGCACAGAGCCGGAAUACGAAGUCGUCUGUGUGCUCCACUGUGACCCUGGUUACGACAGGCUGAUCUAUGCCGAGUACUCCUGUGGACAUGGCGGGAACUGGAGCAUUCCUUUCAACACAAACAAUCCUGGGACAACGCCUUGUUUAGCUGUGAAAUGCCCGGACCUGUCUAGUCCUCUGAACGGCAGUAUGACGUGUGACAGUGGCUACGAAUUCCGCCAUCCCGAGGCCUGCAGCUUCGCCUGCGACACAGGCUACGAACUGACUCCCACAAGCAGCAGUGCGAGGCACUGCAAGGCUGAUGCAACUUGGUCUGGUAGCGACGCAAAAUGCAUUGGUGUGAGAUGCCCGACUCUAUCCAGUCCCAUGAAUGGAAAAAUGUCCUGUAACAGCGCCAUCCUGCCUUCCGCCUUCCGCCAUCCCGAGACGUGUAACUUCACCUGUCACGAUGGCUUCGGGUUGUCUACCGGCAGCAACAAAAUCAGUCGGACCUGCCAGGCUGAUGGCACGUGGUCUGAGAGCAACGCUGUGUGCGUAUGUGUAGCGAGUUCAGAUCUGUUCUUUGUUCUGGACGGAUCGGGCAGUGUUGGCACUGGGAACUUUGAUGCCGUGAAGACAUUUGUUGCGAAUAUCGUCAGCACUUUUAUCAUCGGUGCCACAGCCACCAGGGUCGGAGUGGUGCAGUACUCAUCAAGCAACACCUUGGAGUUUAACCUAGGCAGUCAUACCAGUCAGACGGCUACAGUGAAUGCUAUUAGUGCCAUUACAUACCAAAACGGGGGCACUCUAACCGGAGCUGCAAUGGACUUCGCACGGCAACAUGCUGCCUGGAGGCCAUCGCCUAUUCGAAGGAUUAUGAUAGUUGUGACAGACGGAAGUUCCCAUGAUAGCGUGGUCGCGCCCUCCCGGGCUCUUACUGCGGACGGAGUAACAGUGUUCGCCAUCGGAGUGUCUGGCUACGACAGCACACAACUACUACAGAUUACAAACAACGUCCCAAGCCGCGUUUUUGAGCUGACUGACUUCAUCGGCCUGUCUCAGAACAUCAAUCAGAUUGUACAGGCUCUCUGCAAUCUGUAGAUUUUUUUACAUUAUUCAUUUGAUUUAUUCGGCUGUAUAAUCAUGAGAAAUACAGCUAGGGCUACUCAACUAGCCGGAUGCUAUUAUCAAAGGCUAGCCCUGGUAACAAUACAAUAUACAGUAACAGCAUUAACGAUACAGGUAACUUUGACUACAGAGGCAAUCCAUGUUUACAGCUUGACUAGCAGUCGUACGAUCUGUGCUAUCAGUCUAAGAUAGAAGUAAUAUUACUAGGUUAUCUAUUUAAGGCAAGUUUGAGCGAUUACCACGUGUGAACGCUAUAAUUUAUACAUAUUACAGUGCGAAUCGUUCAGUAAGAAGAGUGUUUGUUGUAAUCUAUAGUAACUUUCAUAAGGCUUGGUUGUUUGAAAUAAACAUCCUGGUGACAAUACGAAACAUACAGCUAAAAUCUUGUAGUGAUCCAGUUUAUAUGGAUAUAUAAAAAGAAAGAAAUAUUCCAAUGCCAGGUUUUGAUGUCCUGAUCGAAAAACCAAGACAUUGUAUCAUAUUUUAGGUGACUGUAUAUCUUUCAGCCUACGUCGUUUGUUUUGACCUAGUAGAUGUAUAAAAAGAAAGAAAAUAAGUGUGGCUUUAAAAACUAUUGCCAUGGCGACGGUUUUAUUGUUUAUGCAGUAUAAAUGAUCGAUGUUGUAGGUGUGUUGUAUUUGUGUUCUAUCCUUUCACCUGGCUGUUUGUAUGAAGAUUGUUGUUUUACGCGAUUGAUUUUGUAGGGUAUUGCUGUUAGCAAGAAAGGUAGAAGCUGCCACAAAGAAAAUGCAACAUAGAAAAAAAGACCAGUCAUUGACC